UACUACUGUUUUGUUGCGGCGCAGGUGUAACGCUCUAAACACUUCCAACCGUCCCACACCUCUGCCUUAUUCCGGACCCUGCCAUUCAUCACACACCUCCAACAAUGACCGACCCCAUAUCACCAACGAACCUUCUCGACGCCUCAACACAACUACCCACUCUCGUACCCCCUCCAAUACACCCCUUUCAAACGAAAAAACAAAUAUCACGAUUCGAUAUCGAACUAGAGGGAGGGAAAACCACGUUCUCGCCAGGCCAGAUAUUGCGAGGGGAAAUUGUGCUGGUUGCUUUGACGCCCGUUAAAGUGAAAUUGUUGAGAGUGAGGUUCUCGGGCAUCAUUCAGACUCAGCUUCACAAGACGGAUGAUAUUAGACCAGCGGACCAGAACACCUCGACGGUGACGUUAUUUAAAGAGUUGGAAUCCUUGAUAGGCUCGAUCGUACCCUCGAACGACACAGAAGAUAUACCCGAAGGCGAGCACCGGUACCCAUUCGCGUUCCGCGUACCCCCUGCACAACUCCCCCCAUCCUUCGAAGGCCGCUACGGCCGCGUACGGUACGAAGUCGCCGCCGUCCUAGCCCGACCAGGCCAACUCAACAAACUGGUGUACCACCCUGUAACGGUCCCAUCGACACUAGACGCGUCGGAUCUGGAUAUGCUGGAGGGCAGCGCGCAGGAGCAGAAUGUGCCCGUGGGGUUUUGGUUGUGGAAAUCAGGGCAUCUGGCGGUGAGGGUUAGCACCCCACGGACGGGCUAUACAAGUGAAGAGACGGUGCCAUUGUCGAUUGAUAUUACAAAUCAUUCGGGGAGUGGGGUUGUGUUGAAAGCUGUGGCGCUGAAACAGAGGGCUUCCUACAAGAUUGUCAAUGAACUCCGCGGCCCCUUCACGGAGCGCAUCCACCGCCUCAACUUCACCGAAACCUUCUCCUCUAAAACCCGCCGCAUCAACCGCAUCAUCAACUUCCCCAUCCCUUCCUCCUGCAUCAUGCCGCCCUCCAUCAAAUCCGUCAUCCUGAACGUCACCCACGUCCUCGUCGUUAAAAUCACCUCCACCGCAUCCUUCUCGAAAUCUCUAAAGAUACAGCUGCCGAUUGUGAUUACGGGGUUUCCGGCCGUCUAUUUUGACCCGCAGCCGACGUUUAGUGUCGAUACCUUGCCGAUGUAUUUGAACCCCGCUGUGGUGCAUAGCAGGGAGGUGUUGGGCGUCGCGCCGGAUCCGCCUGGAGUCCUGUAUGGGGGCGAUGGGGAGGGCGGGGAGGAGACGGAUGCGGAGGUGGACGAUGUGGAGGUAGUAGAUGUGGAUGUGGAUGUCGAUGUCGAUGUGGAGCAGGAGGAAGGCUCGGUGUCUUCAUCCGUCAUGCUUGAGAUACCUACCAUCCCACCACCGCCAUUACCGCCAUCGAUGCCAUUAGACGCUGCUGCACCAAUGCAAAUCGCACGGUGACACGGCAAAACCACACACGCACCACAACUAUCGGAAUCCCGUCGAACAUCACUGAGCAGACUCGUUGUGAGGAAUCCGAAUCGGCGUUCCUUCUCCCCUCUGCCACCUUUCUGUAGAUAGAACUCCCUCAUAUUUAGCAUCAUCCGUCAUCUCGGCGUAUCCCUUA